AUGAGAGAGCUCUCGAUCAGGUCCGGCAGAGCUUUUAUCAUCGUGUUCGCCGUCAACAAUGAGCAGAGCUUCUACGAGUCGCAGGCGCUGUGGAACCUCAUCAAGGAGGUCAAAGGUUUCGACAACGUGCCCUGUGUCUUGGUGGGGAACAAGGUCGACCUCUCUGCGGAGCGCGAGGUCACGUGGGAAGAGGCCAACAACUACGUCACGGAGGCCAUGUUGAACGCAGCGUACGUCGACACGUCAGCCAAGUACAACCUCAACGUCACGCUCGUCUUCAAAGAGCUGCUCGUCUUGACGUUCGGGAUCGGCGAAGAGAAGAAGGAGCGGCGCCCCUCGCGCAUCCGCCUGUCCCUCAGCGACCUGUCCCUGACCACGCGCCGCAAGUCCUCCAGCGCCAUGUCCACGGGCUCGGGCGCCGCCGCGCUCUCGUCCUCGGGCAUCUCGCGCACCGGCAGCGGCCUCUCCUCCUCCUCCGACUGCUCGCCCGACGACGAGAAACGCUAA